CACUGAAGGUCUCCGGUUCGAGUCCGGGCGACGCCAUUUUAAAGUGUUUUUGUCAUACUAACACAAAGUCCUUAUUUUGAUUGAGUUUUGACAUUUGGUCAAUGCAAUUCGUUAGUGGGUUUUUCUUAUUGGAUAAGCAAAUUGAAAAGCAAUAGCCAGUCUCCACGGCGCACGAGUAUAACAAUUCUAAACUAUACACUGCAAAACUUAAGAUUGGAAGCACCACUACAUCUGCACUGCACAUGUCUUUAUAUUUGAUUGAUGAUGUCUAAAUUCGUGCUCUUGCUUGCUUUAUAAAAACUAGAAAAUCAGUAAUGCUACAUUUGCAAAAAACCAGAAAACUUGAAGGUUCAAUUCAGAAAAGGGCUGAAAAGAAGUGGGGCUAUCAAUUGAAUCCGCAACUAUAAUGAACUAUUGACCAAAUCCAAGUCAUCACUCUCUGCAGUUCCCCAAUUCAUGUGCAAGUGCAGAAUGAGAGAGAAUGGUGUCGAUUCAAAAUUUAAGGUGUUGUUGCUCACGCGUUGUGUUAAGUGUCUGUUUAUAAGUACUUAUGAUGAAACAGUUUGCUUGUUCGUAAGAGGGGGGAAGGGAAAAGAAGCCAAAAAGACUGUCCUCUUCGUCAUAUUGCGGGUCCCAGAUUCAACUUGUCACGACUCAUUACCUGACAAACGCGUUUGUUUCUGGCUGCAAACACCUGCAGAGUUUCCUGACAUUUCAGAAGACCUUCAGUCUCACUUUAAUCUCUUUGUUUUUGUUGGAUAGGAACAGGAAUUCGUAGAAAGACAAUCGGGCGUGCUUGGAGUCAUUGUUGCAUUUGUCAUUUUAGGAAACAAAUUAUUUUCUUUUCUUUUGUUACAAAAACACAAUUCAGGAGAUACCCCCUUAGCCCAUCCUACACCAUUCCAUUUACUCUGCCACGAAGUAAAAUUUUCUGACUUGAAAAAUCUAUUCUUAGUGCUGCAACUUUCAGAGAAAAUGGAUCCCCAAGACUCACCUCUCAAGAUUGCCCGUUUUGCAGACUUCGGAAUUGGACUUACAAAUUUUGGUGAUUCGUGGAACAUGGACAGUACAAAGUUGAGCGGAGGAGAAGAAGGGUCACCUCCAAUUGGGUUAGGUCUCGAGCUUGGACGUGGGUCUGGUCAUAGGCCAACUGGGUUCACUGUUUUUCAGCUGCAGGAACUACAGCUUCAAUCUCUCAUUUACAAGUACAUAGUAGCUGGACUUCCUGUGCCCCAUCAUCUUCUUCUUCCUAUAUGGAAAAGUGUUGCUGGUUCUCUUGGAAAUCCUUAUCAACUCUUUUCCGCUUUUUUGGGUUGUGGAUCUUUGCGCUUGGAGUAUAAGAAUGGGCUGGAUCCAGAGCCAGGAAGAUGUAGACGAACAGAUGGGAAGAAAUGGAGGUGUAGCAAAGAAGCAGUCCCAGAUCACAAAUACUGUGAAAGGCACAUGCACAGAGGGCGCCACCGUUCAAGAAAGCUUGUGCAAGCUUCUCAAGCUACUAUCAAUGCUGAUACCAACCUCUCCAUUUCUCUCCAAGUGGAAAACAGUAGCAGUAGUGGCAGCAAUCUCUCUUCCAGCUUUAUUGGUUUCUCUCCAAAGAGUGUCAUGCGAGUGGGUAAUCCAAAAGCUGAACCUUCACCACAGUUUCAAGAAUUAUUGUAGAAGAAAAAGCGAUUUAAUAUGACAGAUUUCAAGACUUGGAAGGGGUUUUGAGGCUUUGAUUUUAUCUUGUUCUGUUUUGAUGUAACGUUGCAGAUGUGAGAAACAUUAAUGGUGUUAAUUGAGUUGCUUGGUGAAAGGGGAGAAAUUGUUGGGCUCCAUUACCGAUCAAUCUCUAACCUUAGCUAGCACGCUAGCUUGCACCUAUAUUUGGUCAGCUUUGGCAGUUUCUAAUGCUGUUGUGGAAUAAAGGGUAAUGCAAAAUGUCCGCUUUCAUUUCAGAUUACUUAAAUGGGCCCAAAAAAUCUAAUGCUCCAAACCUCUACUCCUAUUCUAUAUGGUCUACAUCUAGUCAGUAUCAA